GGGCGGGCGGGCGGCGGCUCCGGGGGCGGAGGAGCGUCCAUGGGUGUGAGACGGCGGCGGUGGCGGCGGCCGAGGCCGAGCCACGGCCUGUCCCGACCAGUCGGAGUCGCGACGCUCGGCCGGUAGGGUCGGCUCGCUCACUCGCUCGCUCGCUCGGACGGACAGUCGGUCAGUCAGUCGGUUCUGUCGGUCGGCGAUGGAGAGCGGGGUGAGCGCGGGCGGACAGGCUCCGGCCCCGAGCCUGGGGCUGGGGCUCCACCGAUUCCCCAACGGCUGCACCCCCCUCAGCCACCAGGUCGCCGGGCACAAGUACGGGAAAUCGGAGCUGGGUAUGUUACAACAUCCAGAUGGCACGGUAUUAAAACAGUUGCAGCCACCUCCUCGUGGACCCAGAGAGAUGAAUUUCUACAACAUGGUGUUUGGUUCUUCGUGUCAUGAUCACGUAUUCUUAGAACUACGUAAAUUCCUGCCGAAGUUCCUUGGUACCUGGGCACCAACGACUGCACCAAAUGAGUUGUAUCUUAAACUGGAAGAUGUGACACGCAGGUUCAGCAAACCAUGUAUCAUGGAUGUUAAAAUUGGGAAAAAAAGUUAUGACCCUGAUGCUUCAGCUGAGAAAAUACAACAACAGAUCAGCAAAUAUCCAUUGAUGGAAGAAAUUGGUUUCUUGGUACUUGGCAUGAGGGUUUACCAGUUUUCAUCUGACAGCUAUGUGGCAUUUGAUCAACGUUAUGGAAGAGGCUUAACAAAGGAAACUUUGAAAGAAGGUCUGUCUAAAUUCUUCCACAACGGAAGCUACUUGAGGAAGGAUGCUGUGGCUGCAAGUAUUCAAGAGAUUGAAAAUAUAUUGCAUUGGUUUGAGCGGCAAAGCAACCUCUGUUUCUAUGCAAGCUCCUUACUGUUUGUUUACGAAGGAUCAUCUGAGCUGACAGCGACAGGUGACAGUCGUGGUCCCCUCAAACCAGCAGCACCAAAGGGCAUGAGGCGGACUGGAGAAUUAAUGGAAUACAACAACAACAUCCACAUGAUGGGCUCGACUGAGAAUGGAAUGGUGGAAGCCACAGUCGGUCAGAGCCUCUCCAACAUGUAUGCACUUCACAGGAAGGGCUGCUUCCGGGCGCAUCAAAGUGUGGUCCCACUGCAGCUGAAGAAUGCAGAACAAGACCAUGGCAUUUGCAAAUGCUUAACCCUCAUUUCAGCUGGUCAGCCAAAUGGCAAUGAAAUAAAACAAUUGGAGAAAGAUUUCAUUCAUACAUCCAGCAUGCUUCCGGAGCCUCCAGAGGUCGUUGUAAGAAUGAUAGACUUUGCACAUGUGUUUCCUAGCAACACAAAAGACGAGGAGUAUAUAUAUGGGCUGAAACACUUAAUCAGUGUGUUACAAAAUAUGCUGGAUGAUUAAUUUUUUAAUUUUUAGUGGGUGGAUUGUAGGCAAGGAAAUAAAUGUGGGGGAAUUAUAUUGAUUUCUGCACAGGUUCUGAUCCAUCAUUUUGUGUUUAUAAUGUGAUUCCAGGUGUACUGUAUGCUCUUUUCACUGUGCAGUACUUCUUGUGAUUGAUUUGAUGUUUAUAAUAGCUCAGGAAAAUUUACCAACUCAUCAUUGACAGCCGCUGAAACAGGUCCAGAACCUGCAGAGGGCAGCUCAAAGCCUAGUAACUACUGACAAGGAAAUGUAUGAGUUCCCGCUGUUUGUAACAAACCCACAGACUUCAGUGAUGGUAAUUGGUUUUUCAGAUAUGUAACCAACUGCCUGCCAAUCCUAGACACGGAACUUUUUGUGCCUAUGGAAUAAUUCUAUCUUCAGUGAAGAUCAGGUUAGUCAGACUUACGAUUGUUUUGGGGAUGUUGCUGCCACUUUUCUGGAGAUGUGUAUUUUACUAGUCUUUUUUUACAGUUAAAUUCUUGCAAUUCGUAUAAAAUGUUUAAUAGAAAAUUGUCAAUUGACUGAUGCAUUUAGCUGAAAUCCAUGGAGUAUUGCAAUGGCUUGUUAAUUUAUGAAUGUAAUGAAAGCGAAUGCAAAAUAUCACCAGUGAGUCACCUGGAUACCCGUUGGCUAUGAUUUUCUGCUGGAUCGAGCAACACAUGCAUGUUAAGCAGAUAUAUUUUAAACUGCUUUCAUUUUCUUUUAAGUCUAUCUAUAGUCCAGAAGCUAAGAUGGGGGAGUUGGAGACAGAAUACUUUGAGUUGCAUCCAUCAUUCUGCAGGCCUUCUAUUGAAGUUCAACAUGUAACUUAAAAAAAUCUCCACCAAAAUUUUAAUCAGUUUUAGGAAUCCUUUGUCCCAAUGCUUGCUACCCUUCAAAAUGAGCAUACUUUGACAUCUUCACGUCCCAUUUGCAAUGUAUUAAAAGUGCUAUAACCAGUGAAUUAUUUCCAAAGUUAUCUUUUGAACACUCAGUUUACCAAGUUUCCUCUCGUUAGCCUCUGGGCUAAAGUGCGUCGGGGUUUACCUUUAUUAAACUGGCACAUUUGUGUGUUGUUGUUGUUGUGUUGGGCCAACCUUGCGUCUAAGAACUCUCAUUCCAUAAACACUAACUGCGGGGUCAAUAACUAAUAGUCACUUUGACAUGUCUUUCGGUGAACAAACAACUGCACUUGCAUAAACUAUUUACGUGCCCUUAACUGACUUGUGAUUCCAGUGAGAGAGCCUUUGUCCAUACUAGUUAUAUGGCCUGCUUCAUUUCAAUCUCUACAAAUGGGUGGUGGGAACUAUUGGUUUAGUCUUUAUCAAUCAAAAAAUAGCCAAAUUCUUGGCACUAGUCAAGAAAUGUAUUUCAGAAUAACACACGGGCACUAAAAUGCAACCUUUUUUUGCAAUUUAAAAAAAAAUGCACUAGAUAUUGAAACAUUGGGUUCCUUUCAUUUACUGUUUACAUUUGCACAGACCCAUAUACUAUCAAUGUAUUUUUAAAGCUUUUUAAUCAUUUUAAUUGUUAUCGCUUUGCCAGGGUUCACGGGGUGAAUGUUGUGACAUUACAUGUGGCAGUGGAGUGAAAUGUGAUACAGGUGAAUAAUGCAUGUGGAGAUUAUGUUAGUCAUUUAAAUGUAUUUACCAAAUAAUGCUUUUUCUAAAAACAAAGUUAUUUCUGAAAUAUUUUUUAUUGUAAACUAUGCUUUUUUGUAUGUUUGGUAAAGAGGUUUACAUAAUUCAGCUGUACAUUUCUUAUGCAGCAUACUACAUCCUUUUUGAACUUUUGACGAUUUAUCCAGGCUUCAAAAAUAACGAAUACUUAGCUUUUUUUAGUCUUAAAAAUCAAAUAAUUCGCAUUAUUCAGUUAUUUUCUAACCUGAGGUAGAACAAGACACUCUUGGAGUCGUACACUCCUCUCAACAACAAAUGGACGUCCAAAUUGAGUGGUGGGUGGUAUGUGAGAAAAUUGAAACGGCCUGAGUUUCGAGGUUUAAAAAAAGAACAUAAUUUCAAAUAGUUCUUUCUCCAAACAAUUAAGUACAAGGAAUGCUGCUACUUAAUACUAUAUUGGGAAUAUCAUCGAGUUUUACGUUACUUUUCUUGCUUAAUUACUCUUCUCUUGCUUCUCUACUGAUUUUAGUGAGGUUUUUAAUUAAUUUUAUUUCCUCCCUACCCCCACACCCCCCAACUUCCUACUAUUCCCCAGCCAAUUCAUUCACCAGUUGUGGCCUGGAUUUGGAACUUUAGCAAGCUGUAAGCUUGAUCACGGGCUGGUGAAUUAUGAAGAUCUCACCUUUGGAUUGAUCCUUUAGGGAAACCUGAUGAAUAAGCUUGGGCAUUUUUUUUUUAAAUAACAAAAGCUGUUUUAAUUGUCCUUUCAAUUCUGUUUAAAGGUCAUUUCCCUGAUUUAGUUGACUCUGUUUUUAAAAAUUGAUAAUUUGCUGACCUCAGAUCAAUGCAUAAUAUAAAAUGCUUAAAUUCAGUGUAUAAUGAUUCAGGAUUAUGAGUCUCAAUAAAUCUACAGUUGAUUAAAUUAACGUUAUCAAGGAAAUAGGUGGCUGGAGAAAGGCUUUAUUGAGCCAACACUAGUGUUGACUGGUGGAGUCGGUCUUUUUGUUACACUCCUUUACUUUAGGAACAUAUUCCAUUCAUUAAAGGAUUUAAAAUAAUGUUUUUUAUCAUCUCAUAUUGGUUUAUUAUGCAAGUAGUAUCACUGUAAUUCUUUGUGUUUUGCUCUUCAGGGUCAAGUUCAACGCAAGUUUAGGAAGCUUAGGAAAUGUGUAAUCAAGUGCUAGUAAACAUUCUCACACUAUCUUGGAUUAAGUUGUUUAUUUUAAGCCCUUGUGCUUUGGGCUAUAAAAUUUAUUGGAACCAAGCACGGAAUGCGACUUCUAAAUUAAGUAAAAUUAUUUACAAAAAUUCCACCAACUACUGAAAUUUUACUUCUCUGCUGGGCAUGAUAUAUUUUAAAUGAAUGGGGAUUUGGUAACCCAUAUUACUUUUACAUAGACGAUUAUUAAAUAAAAAAGGAAUUUGCGGCAUCUUAUCAGAUUUUCAAUCUACAUUUACUAGCACGCAGCUCUGAAAAAAAAAAAGAUUUUCUUCCAUUUGGCAUCGUUGAGCUCAUUUUUAUAAAUCCCCAGAUCAAAAGUUUGUGUAAAAAAACAGUUGAACACACUCCAUGGAAAUUAUCUUGCAGUGAGCAAAACAGUUAAGGCUAGUUUGCCUUUUGCCACUGUUGCAGAAGACAUUAAACAUAUCUGAAUAGUGUGGUCACAACAUUCUCAUAAAUGGUUUUCACUGUGCCAGACAUUCUGCAAGUGACAUUCUUGUAUUCGUAGCUUUGGUUGACAAAAUAGCUGGAGAGCUAUACUGGGCAUAGACCUCGCAGCUCAUAGAAUCAGCACUCUCACAAUGUCCUGUGAGGCAUUCCUUCAGUGUCACCGAUAUUGCAGAGAACAAAAUGGAGUUAUUCAGUUUUCUUUCAAGAUAGAGUUGCUAAGAAAUUACAAUAAUGAAAUGUUUGUUCAAAUUUAUUUUUUUUAAAGGAUAUUGUAUGUAUAUUUGACCUAUUAAAAUUGCUGUAUUUAGAAAGAUGAAAAGUACUUAAUGCAAAUAUAUGUAAAAUGUAGGUUUUGUGGCAUAUUUGGACUAGCUACAUCACAGAAUAUUUGGAAUUUCAUAUUUAAAAUAUCUUCAAAUUUCUUGUCUUUUGGUGAAAUAAACUCAAAAUUAUGAUGUCAAAUUCUCACAGGCAACCUUGAUUAAAUUAGUUCCUGUUAAAAUUACUGAUUGCUUAUUGUACUGUUUUAUGUACUUUUAUUUAAACCAAUAUUGAAUACAAAUGUGACUUUUCCCACAGUGGCAGACUUUACACUGAAACUGCCUUCACUUUUCAUUAUAUAGCAAGAGAACGGAGGUGAAGAUGGGUUACUAUUUCCUUUAUUCAUGCACACUUGUUGUAUGUACUGAAACCUGGCAACAAAUAGAGAACAGUACACACAGACUCGAGUUUUAUUUCCACUCACCUUUUUGCAAAUGGUAACCUUGUGCAGUGCAUCGUGAAAGAAGGUUGUUAACUUAAAUUGCUUUUAAUUCAAACACUGGGUUUGGUGUUCAGCCUUGAUGGGAUCUGUGGGUUUAAAAACAAAGUUGUACGCGGCACCCUCUCUCCACUCCAGUCCCAGUGAAAUGAGGAAUCUAUUGUCUUAUGAAAUGUACAUAACGUUUCUUCUUGACCUAUCGAGACUGGACAUUAAAUUUGAACACAGGAUAAUGUGCAUACAAUUCAUUGUUAGUAAGAUCAGUUACUGCACACAUUUUAAACCAUUCAAACAAAUUUAAUACUUUUUUUUUUGCAAAAGUCAUCAGUCAUAAUUUCUCAUGCAUUUGGUUAAAAUAAAAUCCCUUGCCUCAAUGUUUAGAUAAAUGUGACUUUUAACAGGAGAAUGAAGAUGUUCCCUCAAUCUCAGAUAAAGUAUAAUUUAACCUGCAGCUGAUUUGGGCCAACAAGUGAUAAUAAUGUCCCCCUUUUGUUAGUAACUGUGCACUCAGACACUUUAGUAUUAUGGGGAAAUGAUGCUGGAAUGAUUCCGAAAGUAUCAGAAAAGCAGCAAAUGCACAUUUAUUUACUGUGGUUAUUUAUAAUCAAUCAUACAUAAUGUCUCAGUCUGACUAAUCUAUCUUCUGAUAUAAUACCUUUGUUUUGAUUGUGAGAUAUUCAUAACUUGUUUUGCUACAUAUGGAAUGCAGGGGUAAUUGCUGAUAUGUAAUGGGUGCUAUUUUACAGAGGAAUCAAAAGUACUAACUGAAAGAUUGCUUAAUUUUGUAAUUUAAUAUGAUGAAAAGAUAUUUAGAUAAAUUACAUAGCUGUAUAUUUGGCAGAAAUGGAAUUAUUAAUAAACUUUCUGUAAACAA